AUGACUCCACAACUGUACGUCUUUCUGCUGGCCUUGGCCUUUUUGCGUGCUACAGCUGAACCAGAAUGUCAGAAUCUGGUCAAGCCUUUGGUGUUGGACAGCCACAGCCCGAUCUACGGGAAGUGGGUGCUCCAUGUUGCGUCAUGGGACAAAGAAGAACUCAAAGAUGACCUGUUUUCUGUAAAAGCGUCUCUGGUGGAACUGUCGGCUCACGCAGACAAUGAGCACUUGACAGUUUAUUGGGCCGAUCGCAUGAGAAAGGAUGAUAGCUGCCUCCAGGGUCUGACCAAUGCCACCGUGUCUGGACUUACAACCCACGCUACAUUUAAUAUCAAUGGCCACACUUCAUAUCAUGAGGGGAAAUACUAUGAGACUUGUGCUGACUGCCUGUUGUCUGAGGACACCACUCUUCUGCCUGAUGGAACCUCAAAGGGACGCUACCUCUUCCUGUUCACACGCUCUGGCAAACUGGAGUCCUCUCAUUUGGAGACUUAUAAGAAGCAGGCAAAGUGUCUGCAGUUCCCUGAGGAGUUCUUUUUCACAUCAGAUGAUCCUUGCCCAGAUCAGAGGGAAACAGUGACUUCUGCAACAGAGAACAACCCUGCAGCCACAGAAGCACCAGCCAAUGCUGCAUCAUCACCGAGUUGUGAAGAGCUUCUAAAACCAUUGGUGUUUGAAAAUCCUCAAAUGGUUUUGGGGAAAUGGAUUUAUAUGAUGGGUGCUGGUGACCCCCCCUCAUAUCACAGAGCUCUGGGUUCAGUGGAAAGUUCCUGGCUCAACGUGUCGCUCACCUCCGAGAGCCAGACACUGACGCUGCUGUGGGGGGAUUCCUGCUUUGGCCGCUGUAUUCACACAGAGGUCAAUGCAACAGUGUCUGGAUUCUCUGCCAUGUUUCGCAAGAAUCUAUCCGAUCACAAAGGUCACUUGCUGCAGUCGUGCUCAGACUGCCUGCUGUGGACCGACACAUUUCGCAACAUGGAUUUUACUGGAAGAAACCUCCUACUGUUCACGAGAAGUGGGACGGUCAACGCUGAAGAUGCUGAAAUAUUCAAGAAACAGCUCCAGUGUCUGAAUUUCUCACAGAACUUCCACAGCUAUGAUGGUAAAAAAGCGCUGUGCCCAUGA